UCCAUUUCGUCGCGCCGCCGCCAUUUCAACCGUCCGGGAGCGCAACGAGUAGAGCAGCUCAUUGUAAUAGUAUUGCUUGACAAACUUAUAAGUCAUUUUUAGCUAUUACGCACCGUUGUCCUGUUCAUUUUUUUCUUUGCUAUUUGGCGUUAAUUUGCAUGUCCGGAACAGAAGAAGCGUCGAAAAUGUCGUCUGAAGCUGCACCAGAGAAACCAGGCCAAGGAAAUGCAGUGAAUGGAAAGGCCAGCCAUGAGUCCAGGAAGGAGAGAACGUCUAAACGAGGAGGCGGUAGAUACGAGCCCUAUGCCAAUCCCUCUAAGAGAUACCGGGUUUUUGUUAGCAACAUCCCCUAUGAUGUCAAAUGGCAGGCGCUGAAGGACCUAAUGAAAGAAAAAGUGGGUGAGGUAACGUACGUGGAACACUUAAUGGACGCGGAAGGCAAAUCAAGGGUAAGUGCAAGAGACGAACCUCCAUUUGUCCGCUUGAGUUUUCUUACUACAUCUCCUUUCAAUGUGGGGCAUUCAGACUUGGGUUUGAGAGUUGAAAAUGUCACCGUGGGUGAAUUUUGGCUGAAUGUGGAUGCUGACUGUGGUUCAGAGUGGAGCCACAGGGGGUGGUUCUCAGCUCCAUCGUAAUUCUGGCUCGUGUGCUUUCAGUCCCACUGUGGGCAGCAUUCUGAACUUUUAUUUUUUACUCUCACUGAGGACUGAAAGUAGUGAGUGGUGUUCAAUACAUAAUGAUGGUUAAAAAGGCUUCAGUGAGUCUUAACAGCAAAAUAACAGAUACUCAAUUCAAGUGGAGAUCAGGGAGGGAACAUUUGUUCUGGUUGGCAAAACUGUUAAAAUUUGUUCUAAGCCUCUGUGUGUGUGCGCAUUAAGUGGAAUGAAAUAGAUCUGUAACUUUUCUUUAAAUUGCAAAAGAACACCACAAAGAACAAUGUAAAAGUAAUUUUAGUAUUGAAGCAUUUUUUGUUGGGUUUUUUUGUAGAAUAAAGAUAUUUUCAAGAAUGUUUUUAUAUGUUGUACUUCAGUUCCAUCACUGUUGUCUAACUGUAGCCAUUUGUCUGUUUUGUGCUCUUCUUGCCUAUGCUGAUGCUCCAUGGUCCAAAGGGUUGCGCGGUGGUUGAAUUUAGAACUGAAGAACUAAUGAAGAAGGCUGUUGAUAAAGUCAAUAAACACAACAUGAAUGGACGUCCUUUGAAAGUGAAAGAGGAUCCUGAUGGAGUGAUCGCACAGCGCGAAGCCCACAGGGCACAGGGUGGUGGUGGAGGACCUCCUGGUGGUAUGGGUGGAGGAAUGGGUGGUGGAAUGGGUAUGGGACCCGGACCUGGUGCUCCCCCUAUGGUCAACAUCCCACCAAGUCUCAUGAACAAUCCAAACAUUCCUAAUGAAAUCAUUCAUGGCCUUCAAGCGGGCAAGAUAGGAAGCACAGUUUUUGUGGCAAAUCUUGACUAUAAGGUGGGCUGGAAGAAGCUGAAGGAGGUGUUCAGCAUGGCCGGGGUGGUCGUCCGCGCUGACAUCCUAGAGGACAAAGACGGCAAGAGCAGGGGCAUGGGGACGGUCACCUUUGAAAUGCCUAUUGAAGCUGUUCAAGCAGUCUCCAUGUUCAACGGCCAGCUCCUGUUCAACCGAACCAUGCAUGUUAAGCUGGAUGAGAAAUCUAUGCCCAAGGGUGACUUUGCACCCCCUGAGAGACCACCUGCACUGCCCCGUGGUUUGAGUGGUAUUGGUCUUGGGCUGGGACCUGGUGGACAACCCAUUGAUGCUGCACAGCUGAACCGUGGUGGAGGGAUGAGCAAUAUGGGGCCCGGAGGAAUGGAAGGGAUGGGAUUUGGUGGCAUGGGUAGAAUGGGAGGAAUGGAUAACUUUGGAGGUGGAAUAAACAACAUUGACCGAUUUGGGCCAUCCGGAAUGGGGAGGAUGAAUGACAUGGAUCGUGGAAUUGGGGCAGCCUUUGACAGAGAAUUUGGUGGCCGUAAUGAAAUGGGGAUGUCCCGCAGUAACUUUGGAGACUCUUUUGACAGAGGAAUGGGUAACUCCAUGGGAAUGGAUCGCAUGAGUUCUGGCAUGGACCGACUGGGUGCCAACAUGGAUCGCAUGGGCAGCCUGGACAGAAUGGGGAUGGACCGCAUGGAUCGUGUCUCUGACUUGGACAGGAUGGGUUCUGGCUUCGAUCGUAUGGGCACGGGUAUGGAUCGACUGGGGCCCAGCAUGGACAGGCUUGGAUCUGGCCUGGACAGGAUGAGCUCUGGCAUGGACAGGCUGGGUCCAUCCAGUUUUGACCGUCUCGGUCCAUCCAGCCUGGAACGCAUGAGUGCCGGCAUGGAUUUUGCCUCCCCAAUGGGCAUGGACAGAAUGAAUGCUAAUCUCGACCGCAUGGGGUCCAACUUUGAGCGCAUGGGCUCGGGUGGGUUGGACCGCUUCCCAGCCCCAGGAAUGGACCGCAUGGGUUCCAGCAUUGACCGCAUGGACCGCAUGGGCUCUGCUGGUGUGGGAGGACAGUUUGAUCGAGGUGCAGAUAUGGAUCGUGGCAAUUUUGGCAGCUUUGGUUCAGCGGGGCAAGGAGGGCCAGGAGCUGGACCCAAUGCCAGGAAGGGCUGCCAGAUCUUUGUCAGAAAUCUGCCGUUUGAUUUUACCUGGAAGAUGUUGAAGGAUGCCUUCAAUUCUUGUGGUAUGGUGCAGUAUGCUGAUAUCAAGAUGGAGAACGGCAAGUCCAAGGGUUGUGGUGUGGUUCGCUUUGACAGUCCCGAAACAGCAGAGCGCGCCUGCCGCACCAUGAACGGCUAUCGACUGAACGGCAGAGAGAUUGAUGUGAGGAUCGACAGAAAUGCAUAAUCCCCCAGCGAUCCUGCCCCUGUCUUUCUCCUCUUCUAUACACAACGUUCCAUGUUUUUUGUUAAUUACAUUUUUCCUAGUGCAAAACUUGUGCAGUUUUAGUUUUUGCUUGCUUAAGUUUUUAGAAGCCAAAUUUUAUUUUUCCCCUCACUUUUUAUCCUUGUUCUACUCAGAAAGGACCUUUGGUAAAAGGUUUGACAAUAAAUCUCAAAUGUUGA